UUCGUUUACAAUUUCUUAACAUUUAUUCGCAAGAUUAAAUGAAAUGUAAAAGUGUCAUAGCUGAUUUUUUAAACUGUUGUAACAGUUCGAAGUUAUGAAAGACUCUAAAACAAACAUAGUCGAAUAGUUGUAUUCACAUCCUUUUAAAACUUCAUAAUUUCAGUGCUUUCUGACUGCAGUUAAUUACAAACGAAUUUAAACAAUCAAAGGAAUCUACAAAAAAUUCGGUGUAGAUUUUGUACUGUAUUUUAAUGUCUUGAGUCGUCUCUACUUCGAGGCCGUUACAUCACACACAACCAUACAUAUUAAAACUUUUCGUUGAUCAGAAUAGGUAGUGUAUCCGAGUCAUUUGGCACACAUUGGAGUUUGUGCUCUGUCGGAUGUAGAACAGAACUUGGCUUGGUUUGGCGUAAACAAUAUUGUGAUAUUGUUUUUAACCUGUUAAAGGUUCGGUAAAAUAUUUUGAAUAGUGUUAAUUUCAGUUGCACUGAACCUAACAGUCUAUGUGAAUUUCUUCAUCAGGAAAUAAACAAAAAUAUAUAUUGACAUAGCGUUAAUAAAUCUAAUCAAUACAUCGAAGAAACAACAGUGUCACAGUGUAUGGAUGUCGAGAGUGCUAGGCGGUACACAAAGUCAGAAGAUGUGUCCAGCGCCUCAUCAUUUUCACAAAAAAGAUGCGUUUCGUGGUUCAGGGAGUACACGAUGCCAGAUGAUCCAGAUAUGCUAGGUCCAGAAGGGAUGGAAAAAUUUUGUGAAGAUAUUGGUGUCGAGCCCGAGAAUGUGGUGAUGCUUGUAUUAGCCUACAAAAUGAAUGCUAGACAGAUGGGCUUUUUUACGCUUAGCGAAUGGAUGAAAGGUCUUUCGGAGUUACAAUGCGACUCAAUAGCAAAAGUACAACAAAAGCUAGAACACCUAAGAAACUUGCUUAGUGAGGCGCAAACAUUUAAGGGGAUUUACAGAUACGCUUAUGACUUUGCUAGGGAUAAAGAUCAACGUAGUAUGGAUAUGGAAACUGCGAAAGUAAUGCUUCAGCUUCUGCUUGGAAAGCAUUGGCCGCUUUUUGCUCAAUUUGCUCAGUUUUUAGAACAGUCAAAGUACAAAGUUAUCAACAAAGAUCAGUGGUGCAACAUUUUGGAAUUUUCACGCACCAUCAGUCAUGAUCUUACAAAUUACGAUUUAGAUGGAGCAUGGCCAGUAAUGCUUGACGAGUUUGUCGAGUGGUUGAAAAUUCAACGAGGUGAAGGUGUGACUUCCCUAGAAUCGCGAGGUAGCUGAAACAACCAAUUGAAAUGAGACCAGCUCAUAGUCAGACGACAAAAGGCCCUCACCAAACUUAAAUGAACCCUCCUUUCCUUGUCCCCCCUCCCAAUACAAUAAUACGUUUUUGUGAGUUAAAAAAAAAAAAAUUUUGAAUUCUUUGCUAAAUUAAAUUCUGGCUUGUUCAAAAGUAAAGUGUUUCAGUUGUUAUUACUAUCACAUAUUUGUAUGUUCAUUAAUAUACGUAGUGGUACUCUUACUUUCAUUAUUUCUUUUUGUGUUUUGCAUCUAUUAUACUUCAAGAUUAUUUCUAAACUUUUUUCUGUAUCUAUAAAAUAGAUCACAACCACCUGCGAGUACGAACAGCAUACACGUAUACACAUACAGUCCACUCGAAGCUGACUCUGAAGCGUAUAGUACAUAGUGUAUUCAACUCGAAUAAUUUUAAAAUUUAAUUCCACGACGUAUGUAUAAUACUAUUAAUAUUUAAUAAAAACAAAAAAAUAAUAAUAGAAUAUAAUAAUGAUAACAAUAACGACGAUAAAUAAGUAAAUAAUAACGUUAAUUGCAGACUGAACGAAGUAGCGAUAUUACUGUGAUGAUUCUUCGUUAUUACAAUUUAUUGAACGGAAAAUACUGAUCCUAAAAA